AUGACUACAAAUCAGGAAGAAUUUCCAUUAUUGAUAUUAAGAUGGGUUACAAUAAGUAUGGCUGUACUUGAUUUUGGUUUAAGAAGAAUUUUUUGGCAAUUAAGCAAAAUUAAUUUUGAUGAUGGCGAAGUUUUAUCUAUACAAAAAAUUGAUUUUAAUGAAUUAUAA